AAUGGAUCAUCAGUAGUGAACCUGUAGACAUGAGGUCUCUGGUAUUAACGGCUGUGUGGUUCGGUUUGGCAGGAAGUCGGAUGUUGUGGGAGAGUCCACACAGUGUGGAUACCGUGGAUGAAAGGAACCACUUCCACGUCAUCAAGCAUGGGACAUUCGGGGAACACGAUUCGCUGACGCAUGCGCACGACCCAACCGACACCCACCGUAACGUGAUGAAAGUGAAGUACGCUAAGGGCUCUUACUCGAAGACUAACCAUAGAGGGGUCCAGUUCUACUCACAGCCACCAGGGGUCAAAGGUCAUUCUGAACUGACGCUCAGCUAUGACGUGUACUUCGCUCAGAAUUUUGAUUGGGUACUCGGGGGAAAGUUACCCGGAUUGUGGGGAGGCACACAGACCUGCUCUGGACAUCGCAGCACCGAACACUGUUUCUCCACUCGCUACAUGUGGAGGAGAGGAGGCGAUGGGGAAGUAUAUGCUUAUAUUCCCCACGAGCAAUACCCUAGCUACAGCUCAUGGUGUUCCGAUAGCCAUAUCAUCUGUAACUCCAGAUCCGGACAGUCCAUCGGAAGGGGAGAUUUUGUUUUCCAAAAGGAAAAAUGGCAGAAAUUAACACAGUACGUAAAGUUGAACGACGUUGGCAGCCAUAACGGUGUGUUGAAAUUCUGGGUCAAUAAAACGCUUGUUUACAACACCUCCUCCCUGGUGUUCCGCAAACGCAGUUCCAUCCAAAUCGACGGAAUGUUUUUCUCGACGUUUUUCGGAGGUGGUAACUCGAACUGGGCGUCGACUGCCGACACGUACACACUGUUCCGGGAUUUCCGGAUUUAUGACACUCACAUGGAUCCUGUCGGAAUCACCUUCGGAUAAACUCUUAACUACAUUGUUUACUGACGUCAACCCAAUCACUGAAAAGGAUACUAUUAUUUGGAGAUGGAAAUCUCGUACAGAAAACCGUGAACUGUUCACCUGUGUUCAGACAUUUAUCACAGCUACAAAACGUUUUUGAUUGAAUACCUGUUACAGAUCUUAAAAUUUCAAAACGCGCAUGCAUAAUACCAGUUAUCAAUCUGAUUUGCCUUUCUCUGUAGCUUUUCCAAAUAUGUCUACCGGAUAUACUGUGCAAAGGGGGAUAACUCCAAGAUUAUGGGAGGUAACUUGGUACACUGCACAAAAAAAAAUGAAAAGAAAUACUGCAUGUAGUCGUAUAAUUCAUGUGCAUAGUACAAAUUAGCCCCACAAUUUAUAAGCCGGUCUUCAUAUGAUCAAUUAAAUUAUAUUUUAGAAAUAAUUUUUAUUAUAUUUAGUUAGUGAAAAUGAUUGAUAAUAUAUACCAGUUGUUUAAAGAAACUGAAGUAUUUAGGUGUGAAUUACCAUUUGUGUUCUGUUUUUUUAACGGAUGAAAUUUGUAAAGGACCUGUUGCAGCUAUAGAGUGAUUUUGGCCCACAGAGCUUUUUCAAUAAAUAUAAUCAAAUUUC